GAGACUCAGUUCAAGCGCCGCCUGUAAUCCAUGGUCAUUCGAGGAACAGUGGCCUAACCUAAGAUACGCAACAGCAUCGCACAUUUCCGAAGUCAUUGCUCACCUGGAAGUUUGUUCAUGUGUACAGCAUUUGCGACUCGACCUUAAUUUUACCGGGGAAAUGCCGCCACAAAUGGAAUACCAUUGCGAAGAGACACGGAUACCAUCUGUCUGCGGGUCACAGGACGAGAGUUUGGAUCCGGUCCUCACCUGUAUGUUAGUUGGGGAUGGUGCCGUCGGAAAAACCAGUAUGAUUGUGAGUUACACCACUAAUGGCUAUCCUACGGAAUAUCGGCAGACGGCUUUUGACGUCUUCUCCGUACUGGUCCAAGUGGAUGGGGUGCCUGUACGAAUACAGCUCAUGGACACUGCAGGGCAGGAGGAGUUUGACGGCUUUCGCUCACUGUCCUACUCCCACAUCGACGUCUUCAUCCUCUGCUUCAGUGUAGUGAACCCCACCUCCUUCCAGAACGUCACCAAGAUCUGGGUCCCGGAGAUCCGAGCGCACAACCCUUCCUCGCCCAUCGUCCUCGUGGGCACCCAGGCGGACCUGCGAUUCGACGUCAACGUCCUGAUCGACCUGGAUGCCCGGGGGGUGAAGCCUGUCCAGGUGUCGAGCGCCCGCGGCGUGGCAGAUAAAAUCCGGGCGGCGGGAUAUGUGGAGUGCUCAGCGCUGACUCAGAAGAAUCUGAAGGAGGCCUUCGACACCGCCAUUUUUGCUGCCGUUAAGCACAAGGCUCGCAAGGCCAAGAAGAGGCUAUCGAGGCGCUCCAAAGCCUUCUCCAAGUACGCCUGGAGGAAGUUCUUCUGUUUUGUUUGAGGCGUGCGGUGGACGCAAAUCAAAAACUCGUUAACGCGCUAAUUUAUUAAGGCCUUGGAGCCAUUUUGAGGGUGGGUCGAGGCCUAGCGUUCUCUCAGUGAAGGACACGGAGUACACGGAAUGUGUUGGGGAGCUCCACCAUUUUGUGACAGGAUGGUUAUGGUGUUGUAAAUGCUGGAUUCCGAUUGGACAAAGAGCAUGCAGGGAGGUACUUUCUUUUGCUCCAUUAGCAGUGGCCUGUUUGUUUGUGGACUGAACCGAGCGUAAAUGUUGCGAAAUACCUUGAUUGACUGCCAUCUUUAUGAUGUUGACAUCAUUUGCCUGAUGAUGAUUUGGUUAGCCAAAAAGGGGGCGUGGAUUUGGAAUGGCCAAUCAUUACUGAAAACCCAAUCUCAGAUGAGACAUUGUGGAUUCAAUGUAGAGUCUGCACCACUUUUUUUAAAUGGGUGCAGCCUACCUUAAAUAUUCAGUUUAGAACACCACCUCUGAAUUUGCAUUGCCUGGAUUGCUGCCUAUUACCAAGGUGUGAGAGAAGAGGCCCUCAAAACAAUAGGGCAAUACUGGCUCUUUCACAAUCCACUCACAGCUGUUUGGCCAGACUAAAUCAUUCAUAUGUAUGAAUUAACAAGAGGUGCCAGGCUUUCUGCCUCCAAGAGUCAAUGCCCUUGAUGCUUUUCAACUGAUCUAUUUAAUCUGACCCCCACAUUCUAUUCAUCCUGAGUAGACACUAUAACCACUAACUCACAUAAUGUGUUUCUUAUCCAACUGAAACUGGUUUGGUGAUUGCGGUUUUCACUCUGAAGCAAUGGUAAUCUCAGAGUAAAUAAUGUACAGGAGCAGAUCAGGCAUGAGAGAUCAUCAUCCACAGACUACACAGGGCUAAUCCUGUAAAGGAGCUUAAUAUCCAGAAAUUACACUGGGUCAGUGAAAGAGAAGCUGUUUUUGAGCCACAGAUUUUUAUGUUUUAUAUAUGACAAACCAGGUCAGCAACCCAGGGAAAUGCACUAUCCAAUAUCUCUAUGUAAGUGCUAUUUUUAUGCUUCUUGUGGAAGCUUUGUUUGAAACUGCCUUUGAAUCCAGUGCUGUUUGUUUUUAACAGUUUUUCAGAAGUUAGAUACUGACAUGGCAAACAUGAGACCACUUCACAUCCACCGCAAGUUAAAUAUGCUGAGGUGUUUCUGAUGAGUAUUUUGUUUGUUUUGAUAUUUUAACCCUAACCCAUAGUCUCUGUAUGUCACCUUGACAGCUGUUUGUACAAUGCAACAUUGAACAAUAAAUUGUGACAUGA